AUGGGCUACAGACGAAGGCUCGUGUGGGCGCUGCUCCUGUGUACGUGUCUGGUCCAUGAGCUGCUCGGAGCGGUCUCUGUGGGGGACACUGUGACCCUCUUCUGUAACUACACCCGCGGCGACCCCCCCCUGCCCCCCUCCCCCACCAUCAUCUGGAAAAGCCCCUCAGGAGAAACUCUGUCCAACUCCAAAGACUUCAACCUCACACUGAAGAACGUGAGCAGGAGCCAGAGCGGCACCUACACCUGCCACAUCCCGGACGUGAGGUUUCAGAGGACCGUGAAGCUGAGCGUGACCGAUAAAGUGAUAGUUCCAGACGUAGAGGACCGGAGUGUUCCUACAGGGGGCGCUGUGGGUCUCAUUGGGUCCUUUCUUCACUCGCUCUUUAAAGAGACCCUCGGGUUGGACAACGAGCCCCGUCUGGACCGGUCUCAUCGAACCGCGCCUCGUCAAUCAGCACCAGGAGAGCGCACGCAUCCCAGAGCUAUCGUCUGUCGGCUUCACUACUACAGCGACUGUGUGGACAUUUUACGUCGUGCGAGAGAGCGGGGACAGAUAAAGGUGCGUGAUAUGACAAUCUCUGUUUUCCCUGACUACACUGACGGCGUGGCUCGGGCUGCAUUCAAUGAUGUGAGGCGACAACUCCGAAACAUCGAGGGCGCCCGGUAUGGUCUGUUCUACCCAGCGCGGCUCCGGAUUACCUACGGGGGAGCAGAGAAGGAAUUCACCUCCGCUGAUGACGCUGGACAAUACGUGAAGACCAUGACAACAGGGUAA